AUGCCAGCCCAAUUUAUUCCUCGCAAAUCAGGUCGUCACCGUAUAGCCUGUAUUGCGCUAUACAGGACCUUGCUCAAACAAUGUCUUCGGGUUCCUAUACCGACUGAGCUCCAACCUAAAGGAUUUAUUCAUCCGCUAAAGCAUCUUGUACGCAAACAAUUCCGGCGAAAUGUACGAGAACACAGCCCAAAAAUUGUUGUAGCUGCACUAAAAACGGGCUAUGAGGCAGAGGAACUUAUUCGUGCCGCUGGCGAUGGCGACGCAGAUUCAAGACAUAAGAUAUACGACCUGCUACACUACCGGAAAUCUGUAGCCACCAGAUCCGCGCUCGUUCCUCAACCUGCUAAACUUAAGAUUCGUUAUCCAGAAGCCAUUCCAGGUGUCCCUAAGCUUCUCGAAACCCGUCCUUUACCAUUUGAAAAACUCUCUGGGCCUCGUCACGUACCUAAGUUUGCGAAAGCAAUGGUAUCAAACUUUCUUCGAAUACAGAAACCGCAAAGUCCCUAUCUAAGCCGGGUUUUGAGGGACAAGAUAGAUACUAGACAGAAGCGCGUAAAUUCUCGUGAAAGAAUAGAGUAUCUGGAGGAGUUAGCUUUCGCAGAGAAUACUUGGGAAGACCUGAUUGAGGAUCAGUUGGAGAAUGAGGGCUUAAGUGUAGACAAGUGGAACAAGAAACAGCCUGGAUUGGGCUGGGGAGUUGGAUUCUGGGAGAAAGACCUGCAAUUGGCCGACGCUUAUGUGAAACAUCUGAUGGUGAACGAGGCACUCAAGGUGGUCGAACUGUCUAAGAAACAACUGGAAAUAGUGGAUAAGGAGAAAGAACUAUGGAAACGAGAGAGGGGCCAAAGGAGACAUGACAAGAAAUUGGCUAAAUUAGAGAAGAAGUUUCAGGUCCAGCAUGAGCCAGCUCCGAUUUAG